AUGUGUACCGAAACGGAAUAUACUUGCAAGAUGUGCAAUCAAUAUACCGACAACGACUGGGAAAUAUGCGCUGAGGGUGGCGGUCCAGCAUGUCCGAAUCCUCAACCAAAAAUAGUUGAACCGGAUCCUGAGACGGACUACGGUUGUGGACGGCCAGGCUGCGAUUUUACAGACCCAGAGUAUGAGUCUUCAGACUCGGAGGAGGAGUCUGAAUCUGAGGAGGAAGAAAUAGCUGAAGAGGAGGAAGAGGAAGAUUAG